UUUACUCUUAACCUGGAUUUCCCAAAUGCUAACUCUUGCCACCCUUGCUACAACAUUCGAGUUCUUGGAAACAUUUAAAGCAUGUGAAACAUUUAAAACAUUUAGGUUGCAGGCUUUAAGCUGCACGUCCUUUACUUCUAAAUGUUUCAGUGCGUUUUUCUUGAAAAAAACAACAACAAAAAAAAAGUUCUCAUACCACAGUAACAUGAUCAAAAUGGAAAAUCAACAUAGAUUCAAUAAUAUGAUCUACAAUCAAGUUUUUCUACAAAUCCCUGGGUCUCAGCAUUUGUUAAAAGCUUCACAGAUGAUUUCAGUGGAUACUAGGGACCUCUGUCACCUCCUCUGGCAGAGCAGGACUGAGGGGUUCACCCUACCUGAGACCACCCAACAAUUUAGGGUGGAGUUAUCAGGGCACCGUGACUCCUGGGGCACUUUUGUGCGAUGGAAAAAGACAGUGCUCCUGGCUAAGUGAGAUGGCAGCUGGCUUGGCAAGGGUGGACAGCACCCUUGUCACAGCAGCAUGUCCCUGUACUCUACAUGCUGCACCUACACCCAAGACGGAUGGUAACUGAGGCAGAGGGGAAAGGAGGGCCUGGGAUGGCAAGUCUGCCCUCCUCGGUGGUUCAUGUGUCCUUCAUUUCCACCCUGCGAGAGUCGCUGGACGCUGGAGUUGUGGGAGACGGAGCCGGUUACAGACAGAGGAGCAACUCUUUAUCACACUCCAUGAUACCAGCUGCUAACAUCCACACUGAGCCCUACUUACCAGCCUUUUUCUCUCUUGCUGGAACCUCCUCUGUACUCGACCAGCAGCCCCAGCACCACCCGACACUGGUAAGAAAGGCAGACUCUCAGGCCUUACCCCAGGCCUAUUGAAUCGGGAAUUCUGGAGUGGAGUCCUGCAGCCCGCAUGUUAACCAGCCCUGCAGGUGCUUCUGAUGCAUGCUCAGGUUUGAGCACCACUGGCCACAGGAAGUUCGAGGCAGGGCCCAGGGUCAAUUCUGCCCUCCUCUGGUUGAAUAGCUGCCAUUUAGGCAAAAUGGUUUGACAUUGAAUCAAGGACAUUAUGAGCCAGAAUUUUAAAUAUGUCUGUAAAAAAAAAUUGAAAGAGGGAGGGGGUUCAACCUUUGGGUUAUUUCAUUUGUCUAUAUAUAGCUGAAGAGUUGGGAAUCUCAGUAAGUACUUCCAAUGAACCUGCUACAUGCCAGACAAAGGAAACAAGAAGACAAAGUAGGUCUGAGAAAGUGACAGGGUGAGUGGAAACCCAAAGCCCAUAGAAGGCCAUCCGAGUGGCCCCUGGACCAGGUGAGCUGGCUUUAGUGUUUAUUGAAGGAGGCAGAAACCUCAGCUGUCAGCUGCUUCUCGUCCGAGUUGUUAGAGGAGUCAUUUAGAAAGCUGUACCAUUCUUUCAGGGUUCUCACUGCUUUCCAGUGCUUAUGGAUUAAAAAAUGCCUUGGCUGUAUGUGUAAGAAAACAACAAUGCAAGUUUGUAGAGAAAGAA